CAGGCUUUUCUCUGGGGCUGUUAAGAUGCCUAACCUCAAAAACCAUCCGCAACGCAAGAGGCGGCAAAAAAUAAAAAACUAAUUGUAGUACCUAACCCUAAUCUAACAACGUUACAAGUUGCCAUAAAACUGUACAUCGCUAGAAGUUUACACAUUACAGCCAAACUUGACAACUUUGUCGCAAUUUAUUGGCGUAUAAUUCACAUCGACAGCAUUUGUCUCGUUGUGCAAUUUAUUUCUAAUAACAAUUUAAAUAACUUUAACAAUGGGAAAAAUAUAUUCGACGUUGACGCGACCAGUUCGCACCUUUAAUAUCGAAAAUCGUGCAGAGAAGAUCAUAUCCCGAGAGAAACCAAUACCGGCACCUCAAUAUGAAUCUACGGAAAAGCAGAAGAAAUUGUUGAACGAAAUAAAUCCAAAAUUUCUUGAAGAUCAUUAUAAAAAAAAUGUACAACUGGAUCAACGACUAAAAGAUGUCUUUGUAACAUCAACAGAUUCACAGGAGAGUUUAAGUAAAGAAGAAAGAGAGAUCAAGUCUUUACCUCAAAUGAGACAUAGCAGAGAUGAUUUUAUAUUUGAUUGUUAUGAAACUGCAGUAGUUCCUGAAGGAAAGUGCACAGUGAAACAAGCAUACACGUUUCUUUCACUGCACAAACGGGAUCCAACAACAUAUAACAGUGAACAUAUAGCUGCUAAAUAUAAAUUAGAUAAGAAAACAGUAGAUGAAAUAUUGAAGUAUUUCAAACUUUAUGCGCUUGUUGAGUCUAAUUCAGAAUUAGAAGAACCAGAAGAUCCCUUCCAAGAUAUGAUAGAUGAUGCAAUAAAGAAUCAAAAAAAGGCAUCCAUAGAAGACAAAAACUGAAGUGCAACUUGUAUAUAUAUAUAUAGAAAAAUAAUUUAUUACAGAUUACUUUAUGUUUUCUUUGUAUGUAUAUAAAUA